AUCUCCCUUGAAAUUUACGUCACAUUCAAGUUCGCAUCAAAAUAUGCAAAAUAUAUUGAUAGUAACCUGAGAGAACCAUGAGUGCAAUACCGCCCCAACAUCGGCGGUUGGAGACACUCGAGUCCAGGAUCAAGAGUCCGAGCUCUGAGCUUAACAUCGACAGUCUUCUGGAUGGCAUUGUUGCCCUUGUGCGGGACCUGGACCAUCAGGCAAUCAGGAGCCGCAACAAAAGUGUUGAGCAGUUUUUACAUAAAUACAAGAAUGGCUUUGAUGUGGUCACUAAGAACCGCAUGCGACACGAUGACUUUGACGUUUUAAAGGUUAUAGGACGGGGUGCGUUUGGAGAAGUACAGUUAGUGCGGCAUAAGAUCUCAAAAAAAGUGUUCGCCAUGAAACUGCUGAGCAAAUAUGAAAUGAUAAAAAGGGCUGACACAGCAUUCUACUGGGAAGAACGUGAGAUCAUGGCAAAUGCCAACAGCGAGUGGAUUGUAGAGUUGCACUAUUCAUUCCAAGAUGACAAAUUCCUUUACAUGGUUAUGGACUACAUGCCCGGUGGAGACCUUGUUAAUAUGAUGAGCCACUAUGACGUGCCGGAGAAAUGGGCCAAGUUUUAUUGCGCUGAAGUUGUUCUGGCUUUAGACGCCAUCCAUUCCAUGGGAUUUGUACAUAGAGAUGUGAAGCCAGACAAUAUGCUACUGGACGCUAAGGGUCAUCUCAAACUGGCAGACUUUGGUACUUGUAUGAGAAUGGACAGGGAUGGUAUGGUGCGUUCGGAUACAGCUGUGGGAACGCCUGAUUACAUAUCUCCAGAGGUGCUCAAAUCUCAGGGUGGCAACGGUUACUAUGGCCGCGAGUGUGACUGGUGGUCAGUGGGCGUCUUCCUUUACGAAAUGUUGGUUGGUGAUACACCGUUCUAUGCAGAAUCUCUCGUUGGGACCUAUGGCAAAAUCAUGGACCAUAAAAACUCCUUAGAAUUCCCAAACGACAUUGAAAUGUCAGGAGAUGCCAAGAGUUUAAUAAGUGCUUUUCUCACUGAUAGAAAUGAACGACUUGGUAAAAAUGGCAUACAGGAGAUUAAAAGUCAUCGUUUUUUCAAAAAUGACCAAUGGAGCUGGGACACUAUAAGAACUGCCACUCCACCUCUGGUGAUAGAGCUGGAUGGGGAUGAUGACACGAGUCGCUUUGAAGAUGUGGAGAAAGACAACAGUCCAGAGGGCGCUUUCGAGGUGCCCAAAGCCUACGCAGGAAACCAUCUACCGUUCAUAGGGUUCACUUACAAUAAGGAAUAUCAAUUAUUGUCUUUGGGGAGUAGUGCAAUACAACAGAAUGGCAGUAAAAUCACUGGAGGGGAUCCUGGUUUGGAGCAGAGGCUGCGACAACUUGAUGAUCAGCUACGCUCAACAAAAUCAGCCAACAGUGAUUGGGAGAACAAAUUUGCGUGCAUUAAAUUGGAAAAUGAACGAAUACAGAAGGAAGAAAAUCAGUUGCGGAAAGAUUGUGGAGAAUUUGAGAAGCGUAUAGCACUUGCCAAGCAUGACAUCAAAGAGUUGCAACGAAAGCUUGACAUGGAGGCGGAAAACAAGCGUAAGCUGGAGUCGCUGAUCCAUGAUCGGGAGCGGCAACUAGAGCAUGAGCUGUCGCGAAGUCGUGACGCGGAGAACAACAAAUCCUCCUAUACUGACAGGAUCACAGCAUUAGAGAAAAACUUAAAUGAAAGCAAGGAAAAGGUCUGGCAAGAGCAGGAAAACUCAAACAAGGCUCGAAAGCAGAUUUCAGAUUUGCAACAGAGACUGAAUAUGAGUGAGCAGAGUUACCUAGACCUGUCCAGCAAGUACUCUGACCUGCAGGGUGCCAAGUUGGCCGUGGAGAAGGAGUUACGGGCACUCAGACUGGCCCUGGAGAAUGAGCAGCUCAAUAGGAACCAGGCGUCAGAACAGAGCGUUGAGUUGCAUGAACGCAUCCGAUACCUCCAGAAGGAACUGGACAAGGGCAAGGACCGCGACCUGUCCUCAAACAGUGAGUUACGCAAGCUCCAAGAUAAGAUAAACAUGCUUGAGAAGGCCAAGAAUGAGAUUGAGCUGGAGAAGCAGAGGUUUGUGACUCUGCUGGAGGCAGAGAGAGGCACGCACCAGGAGACGGUCGCCAAGUUCAACCUGGACAAGAAGAACAUCCUCAUGUCCACAGAGGAGGCUAAUCUGGAGGCCAUCAGAGAAAUGCAGCGCAAAUUUGAGAACGAGGAGCGUAAACGCAAGACGGUGGAGGAACAGCUAUUGAGUGUAGAGAAGGAACGCAGCGGCCUCUCAGUUGACCUACAGCAGCUCAGGAACCAGGUCUCUGCCCUGCAGGCCGAUCUUUUCAGGGAGGCAGAAAAGUCUCGCAACCUUUCGCUGCAAGUAGAGCAGGAGAUACAACGAAGGUCACUCAUCCAGACUGACUACAAGAAUCAAACAGCCGAACUCGCCAAGUUCAAAUCAAAAGAGAAACAUCUCCAUGGCGACAUGGAGGAAGUUCAAAGAGAAAAAAGUGAGCUUGUGGAGGAAAUCAAAAAAUUAAAAGAAGAAAUGUCCUUGAAUGACCUUCAGUUGAAGGAAAUACAAGACCAGUUUGAGGCGGAGCAGUAUUUCUCAUCCCUGUAUAGAAACCAGGUAAAGGAACUGAAGGAUGAUAUAGAAGAGAAACGCAGUGCCAUCCAGGAUCUCCAGGCUGAUGUCAAGAGUCUUGCACAAGAAAAGGAGUCGCUAGGGGGCCAGCUGCAGCUGACCUUGGCCAAGGCCGACUCGGAGCACCUGGCGCGCACCAUCGCGGAGGAGCAGCUGUCAGACGUAGAGAAGGAGAAGACCAUGUUGGAACUGGAGGUGAAGGAACUCAUCACCAGGCACAAGAGCGAGGUCAACAAGAAGGAAACCCUCAUAGCCAGUCUGGAGGAUUUCAAGAAGGACUCCUUAAGGAACAUCGAUACUCUGCAUGCAGACAAGGACGACCUCAACAACAAGAUGAAGCAGAUGACUUCUCAGAUAUCCAAUCUUCAAAACAAGCCAGCAAUGAACGAUGAGCUGGAUAAACUUCGCAAGAUGUACUCAGAGGAGAAGACAAAGAAAGAGCAAGCGGUGAACAAGCUGGCCGAGGUGAUGAACAGGAAGGACUUCCGUAACCAAGGCAACAAGAAGGGCGCCUCCACCUCCGAGCUGAGGAAGAAGGAGAAGGAGUGCAGGAAACUGCAGCAGGAGCUCCAAAUGGAGAGAGAGAAGUACAACAAGGUGAUGGAGAAGUUCCAGAGGGACCUGUCCGAGAGCCAGGCGGCCCUAUACGAGGAGGGACAGUCACGUACCAAACUGCAGAUGGAGCUGGACGCCAAGGACAGCGAGAUAGAGCUACUGCAACAGAAACUGAACGUGGUCAACCUGGACAGUGCCUCCGUCCACAGUGGCAGUAUGGAGGACGGGGAUAACUCCAUGCAUAACUCCAGCCUCUCAUCUCCAGACAAUCAUAUGGAGGGCUGGCUAUCGGUUCCCAACAAACAGAACAUUAAGAAGUAUGGCUGGAGGAAGCAGUAUGUGGUGGUCAGCUCCAGGAAAGUGCUGUUCUACAGUAGCGAGGCCGACAAGCAGAAGUCUGCACCUAUGCUUGUGCUGGAUAUAGAGAAGCUGUACCAUGUGCGGUCAGUAACGCAAGGAGAUGUCUAUAGGGCAGAUGCAAAAGACAUUCCCAGAAUAUUCCAGGUGCUGUAUGCUACUGAAGGCGAGAACAGGAAAUCUGAGGAGAACCCAGGGGAAAUAAACAACCAGCCAAAGGCGGGUGCUAUUGACCAUAAGGGUCACGAGUUUAUAGACCUCCAUUUCCGUACGCCCACCACAUGUGAUUCCUGCAACAAGCCAAUGUGGCACAUGCUCCAUCCACCCAACGCCAUGGAGUGCAGACGCUGUCACUUCAGGGUGCAUAAAGACCACUUUGACAAAAAGGAAGAGUUUGUUGGUUACUGCAAAGUUAACUUUGAUCAGAACAUCCAAGCGAAGGAACUGCUGCUUCUGGCAGAUACUUCAGAAGACCAGAAGACAUGGGUGAUGCACCUGAGCAAGAAAAUAUCCAAGAAAGGCAUUGUCAGCCAGGGAACAUUAGGGACGUCCAACCGAAACACGAAGCAAUACUCCUCGUUCGGUGCGUCCAAUCGAGCUGUAAGAUCAGGAUCUUCUGCGACUUUGCCCCCAAAUAUGCGACCCAACUGACCUUUGCACAUGAGCAUCAUGACUCUUCGCAACGUUGCACCUAUAUUUGCGUUCAAACUUACCCUUGGACUCGAGUGCACACAAAGAUCGCAAUUCUUUGCAACUUUGGAUCCAAAUUUGAGGGCCAACUGACUUUCGGACUGACUUUGGUGCUCUUGCACAUGAGAUUACCACUGAACAGGGCUCCAGACGUUCAGAAGAAUGCGAAAGAGGACACUAAGCCCAUGCAGUCUGCUUUAUAUGUAUAAAUAUAUAUACACAUAUCUAAAUAAGUAUUUUUCUACGCUAGUGAAGACCUGUUAUGUUUAUUUGUAUACAAUUGGAUAAUAUUUUGUUAAUUUGCUAUUAUAAAACGUAAUGGUUUUUCCUGUUAUAAGAUAUCAUGCAAUCAUGUUAAUGUAUGUCCCGCAAUGCCAGUUUUAUUGUGCAAAGUUUUUUUUCCUGUAAAAAAAAAACUUAAUUAUAAUUAUAUUUACAAGGUAUAUGGAAAGCCCACCUGCACAAAUAUGGUGGUACAUGCAGUAUUUACUGUUAUGACCAUGGAGAACUGUAUGAAGUAUACAGCAUUAUAAUUUGCUGUCACAUUAGAUUAUUCAUGGCUACAUGGAAUCUUAUCGACUUAAACUUGUGUAAUGGUAACAAAACAUGGUGGUGGAACAAGUUUGUGAUGCUGAUGUUUUUGUGGUUUCCUGGUGAUUGCACGUAGUCUUUUUGUUUCUGUGGUAACAGAUAUGUUGUGUCGAUAUAAUGUGGAAAGGACAGAGGGGCAUUAAGUCUUCAGAACUGAAUAUAGUCAGUGUAAUUUCUUGUUGAAAAAAAGACAGAGUUUUGUCACAUUCCAGGCUUUGUGUUCACAUAUCUAUUCCCAGACUUAAGAUGACCACACUUCAGGGUUUUCAUAACAAACCUUUUGCCAAUCAUAUUUAUUAUUUCAAGUGAAAAAUUGUUAUACUUCUUACAUACCUUAAAGGUGAAUGGUAUUUUGUAUUCCAAAUCCUGUAGAACAUUGAGGCACGCUCUGGGAAAACUGGUGACAGUCUGUACAGGUUUAUCAUUAACUACACAUUUGACUUCAUGGAAUUUUCCCUGAAAGGAAAUCUCUGCUUAACAUAAACACUCUAGGCAGAAAGUAAUGUCCCUGUUCAGUCGGCACAGGCUAAUCUGCGACGAAAUUGCACUUGCAUAAAAUCCUCUUUUCACAGAGCAUGACUCAUUUUUAAGAAUGAAUGUUUUACAACAUAGGCGAUAUUUCGACCCGCCUUACACUUGAAAGUGCAAGUAUUAUUCCAUUAGUCCCUGUAUGUUGUGGAUUUACAAGUCUGAAAAUGGGUGUGAAUGCAGGCCUACUUGCAAUGGACAUUUCUUGAGAAGUUCAUAUUGAUUGAAUUGCUUAGUGUGAAAAUGUGCAUAAUGCCAUGUGCAGCCAGUGUAGCUUCAGACCAGCCUGUGCGAUAGUCAUGCAAGGUUUCCUGAUAUGCCUUAUGUGGCAUGCGCAGCUUCAGACCAGCCUGCGCGAUAGUCAUACAAGGCUUCCUGAUAUGCCAUAUGUGGCCAGUGCAGCUUCAGAUCAGCCUGCGCUAUGAAGUCAUACAAGGCUUCCUGAUAUGCCAUAUGUGGCUAGCAUAGCUUCAGACCAGUCUGCGCUAUGAAGUCAUGCAAGGCUUCCUGAUAUGCCAUAUGGGGCAAUCAUAGCUUCAGACCAGCCUGCGCUAUGAAGUCAUGCAAGGUUUCCUGAUAUGCCAUAUGCGGCCAGUGUAGCUUCAGACCAGCAUUCGCUAUGAAGUCAUGCAAGGCUUCCUGAUAUGCCAUAUGUGGCCAGUGUAGCUUUAGAUCAGCCUGCGCUAUGAAGUCAUGCAAGGCUUCCUGAUAUGCCAUAUGGGGCAAUCAUAGCUUCAGACCAGCCUGCGCUAUGAAGUCAUGCAAGGUUUCCUGAUAUGCCAUAUGUGGCCAGUGUAGCUUUAGACCAGCCUGCGCUAUGAAGUCAUACAAGGCUUCCUGAUAUGCCAUAUGUGGCCAGUGUAGCUUUAGAUCAGCCUGCGCUAUGAAGUCAUGCAAGGUUUCCUGAUAUGCCAUAUGUGGCCAGUGUAGCUUUAGAUCAGCCUGCGCUAUGAAGUCAUGCAAGGUUUCCUGAUAUGCCAUAUGCGGCCAGUGUAGCUUCAGACCAGCAUGCGCUAUGAAGUCAUGCAAGGCUUCCUGAUAUGCCAUAUGUGGCCAGUGUAGCUUUAGAUCAGCCUGCGCUAUGAAGUCAUGCAAGGCUUCCUGAUAUGCCAUAUGUGGCCAGUGUAGCUUCAGACCAGUCUGCGCUAUGAAGUCAUGCAAGGCUUCCUGAUAUGCCAUAUGUGGCCAGUGUAGCUUCAGACCAGUCUGUGCUAUGAAGUCAUACAAGGCUUCCUGAUAUGCCAUAUGUGGCCAGUGUAGCUUCAGACCAGCCUGCGCUAUGAAGUCAUGCAAGGCUUCCUGAUAUGCCAUAUGCGGCCAGUGUAGCUUUAGACCAGCCUGGGCUAUGAAGUCAUGCAAGGCUUCCUGAUAUGCCAUAUGUGGCCAGUGUAGCUUUAGACCAGCCUGGGCUAUGAAGUCAUGCAAGGCUUCCUGAUAUGCCAUAUGUGGCCAGUGUAGCUUCAGACCAGCCUGCGCUAUGAAGUCAUGCAAGGCUUCCUGAUAUGCCAUAUGCGGCCAGUGUAGCUUUAGACCAGCCUGUGCUAUGAAGUCAUGCAAGGCUUCCUGAUAUGCCAUAUGUGGCCAGUGUAGCUUCAGACCAGCCUGCGCUAUGAAGUCAUGCAAGGCUUCCUGAUAUGCCAUAUGUGGCCAGUGUAGCUUUAGACCAGCCUGUGCUAUGAAGUCAUGCAAGGCUUCCUGAUAUGCCAUAUGUGGCCAGUGUAGCUUUAGACCAGCCUGCGCUAUGAAGUCAUGCAAGGUUUCCUGAUAUGCCAUAUGUGGCCAGUGUAGCUUCAGACCAGCCUGUGCUAUGAAGUCAUGCAAGGCUUCCUGAUAUGCCAUAUGCGGCCAGUGUAGCUUUAGACCAGCCUGGGCUAUGAAGUCAUGCAAGGCUUCCUGAUAUGCCAUAUGUGGCCAGUGUAGCUUCAGACCAGUCUGUGCGAUAGUCAUGCAAGGCUUCCUGAUAUGCCAUAUGGGGCUAGCAUAGCUUCAGACCAGUCUGCGCUAUGAAGUCAUGCAAGGUUUCCUGAUAUGCCAUAUGUGGCCAGUGUAGCUUCAGACCAGCCUGGGCUAUGAAGUCAUGCAAGGCUUCCUGAUAUGCCAUAUGUGGCCAGUGUAGCUUCAGACCAGCCUGCGCUAUGAAGUCAUGCAAGGCUUCCUGAUAUGCCAUAUGUGGCCAGUGUAGCUUCAGACCAGUCUGUGCUAUGAAGUCAUGCAAGGCUUCCUGAUAUGCCAUAUGUGGCUAGCAUAGCUUCAGACCAGUCUGCGCUAUGAAGUCAUGCAAGGUUUCCUGAUAUGCCAUAUGUGGCCAGUGUAGCUUCAGACCAGCCUGGGCUAUAAAGUCAUGCAAGGCUUCCUGAUAUGCCAUAUGUGGCCAGUGUAGCUUCAGACCAGUCUGUGCUAUGAAGUCAUGCAAGGCUUCCUGAUAUGCCAUAUGUGGCCAGUGUAGCUUCAGACCAGCCUGCGCUAUGAAGUCAUGCAAGGUUUCCUGAUAUGCCAUAUGUGGCCAGUGUAGCUUUAGACCAGCCUGCGCUAUGAAGUCAUGCAAGGCUUCCUGAUAUGCCAUAUGUGGCCAGUGUAGCUUCAGACCAGUCUGUGCUAUGAAGUCAUGCAAGGCUUCCUGAUAUGCCAUAUGUGGCCAGUGUAGGUUCAGACCAGUCUGCGCUAUGAAGUCAUGCAAGGCUUCCUGAUAUGCCAUAUGGGGCAAUCAUAGCUUCAGACCAGCCUGCGCUAUGAAGUCAUGCAAGGCUUCCUGAUAUGCCAUAUGUGGCCAGUGUAGCUUUAGACCAGCCUGCGCUUUGAAGUCAUGCAAGGUUUCUGAUCUAAUGAGCGACCUUAUUACUACUCACCUCAGUAUUAUGGAUGCAGAGACAUGUCUGGAGUUAUGUCUUAAACCUUUGCAUGCUGGGAAAUUUGUCUGCUGCUAAAAUGUUGUCUGCUGAAUUUCUCAAAUUAGCAUUUUCUUCGAUUUUUUUCAAAGAUAACCAUCAGAAUAGCAAACAGUUUGGAUCUGUAGCAUCUCAUCUGGAUCCAAACUGUUUGCAAACGCCUUUAAAUUCGGUUCCAGCACUGAAAGAGUUAAGGCUUGAGUUUUGACAUUCAUGGGCAAAUUUAUGAUGUGUUCAAUUUUCUUGCUGUAUUGAUUCUGCUGAAGACAUUUCAACAGGUGCUUCAUUUAGGAACCAGUCUGUAACUGCUGUAUCUCAAUAAGAUAAUCGUUAGCGCCACAACUCUUUGUAUUGAUGUUGAUGUAUGGCAUGGCCCUAAAUGUGCUUUUUGACAUGAUUGCCUUCAAGUUGCAUUUUGACUGUAGGUCAGUCAUGUUAUUAAUUUAAUAUUCAAAAUUGUUGACCUUGUUCAAAGAUUAUUACAUGCACUUACCAUUUCUUGAGUAACCAUUUUAUGGUACAUAUUGCUAUUUACAAUUUGCCCUAACUACCUUAUUGUUUUGCUUUAUCAUAAAAUAUUUGUUAUCUUUUGUAAAGACAUUUAAAGUAUAUUUUGCAUUGCUCCUCUGUUUAUAUGGCUUAAACUGCUGUUAAAUACAUUCCACAAAGCUAAAACUGUAUCUUACACAUAAUGUGAAAAUGGGUAAUUUGUCAAACAAAAUCCGCGUUGAUCAGUUUUGCGUGGGGAAUUGCGCAGUCUGGUCAGAAGCCACAAUGUCCGAUAUAAAAUUACCCAAGGUGUUGUGGGUUCAUAAGCUGGCAGGGUAGCUCCUUAUCAGCCUGCGCAGGCUCAUCUGGAGCUACGCUGACGUAAUAUGGCAUAAGACUCAUUUUCGCUUGAUGCCAGUUGUAUUUUAACAGAUGUUAUAUUCUCACCUUACGUAACCACAGCAGUUUACUGUUAGUCGGACUGUUCUGAAAUGUCAGACAAAUACAGCAGGUUUGUUUGGUACAGCUUUAAAGGCUGAUUCUGAGUGAAAGAGGACCUGUAUCAUAUUGCAAGAAUCAUGCUGUACGUUUACGUACAAGGGCAGCAACGUUCUUAAAAAAUCUGUAUGCGAUUUUUCUGAAUAUUUGUGGGAAAUAUAUUAUACUCUAUCCUAAUCAUAGUUAAAUCUGUUUUCAAUAGCCUAGAAAUAGGUAAUCAUUUAGGGUUAUGUAGAUAAAUCUUUAGCAAUUUUGAUGAAACAAUCUUUUGAUUUAAGAACAAGAUGUUAGUUGAAUAUAGAUCAAUUGGCUAAUCUAGUUGUAUAAUGGCCUGGUACAAUCGGUUGUUGAUUGUACGCAUAUAUGUCUUGUUCUGAGAAAAUUGGGCUUAAUGCAUGUGCAUAAAGUGUCGUCCCAGAUUAGCCUGUGCAGUCCGCACAGGCUAAUCAGGGACGACACUUUCCACUUUUAUAGUAUUUUUAGUUUCAAGGAAGUUCCUCCUAACUGAAAAAAAUGUUAAGGCGUAAAGUGUCAUCCCUGAUUAGCCUGUGCAGACUGCACAGGCUAAUCUGGGAGGACACUUUAUGCACAUGCAUUAUGCCCAGUUUUCUCAGAACAAGACACAUAUAUCAGUGAAUGUUAAAACUAACUUACAUGUUAUGAUGGGGACUGCUAUGCCAUGAGAUAGUACUACACAUGAAUAUGUUUGUUACCAGAACACUGAACUGUGUUUAGUACAAACAAUUUUGUUACUUAUUUGUGUUCAUGUACAGUAGAACAGUAGUAGUGUGUUUGUAUGAGUUUUGUAUAAUGCAAGUCUUUCAUAUUCACACAGUUUGCUAGAAUUUUGCUCUAUAUCAUUAUGUUAUUUGUUAGUUAUAUUCUCAUGUUUCUUAAAUUUCUUAUGAAUUUUGACAUCUGAAAUGUGUACUUCUGAUAUAAGUCAAUGCAACACAGGCUGCUUUUUACAAAAAAAAUUACCAAAGGAUGAAAGAAAAUCAAUAUUAUGUUAAUAUAAAAAUUAGCCUCUCUAUGUAUUAAGUACUCACUGGCUAAUCAGGGAAUACACUCUUGUCUGACACAGAUUUUUAUAAAAGAAAAUCCAGUUUAAACAGAAAGUGUCUGACCUGAUUAGCCCGUGCAGUCGAUUAGCCUGUGCUGACUGCACAGGCUAAUUUUGGAUAACACUAUAUGCACAUGCAUAAAUCUCGGUUUGCCAAAACAAGGCCAAAUUGAGGCAACUGAAAGUACUACAUUUAUGUUCAGUUAUUCAUUUGUAUCCGUAUUCGAUUCCUUUUUAUUUACUAAUCAGCAUAGUGCUUUAUAAUGGCCUGUGUGGACCAUCUCUUCCAAGCAUCGCUUGAAAGUGAUUCUUUAUAAGGUGUACAUGAGUUUGUGCUGUUAUGGAUAUGUUUAUCAAUCAUGUACAUACUUCUGCUUGUAUAUACUGACAAGGAACAAAUAUAUUUUGUAAGCAUCAUGUAAAUAUUAUUUUAUUAUCAUCUAUGUGUAUAACACUAGGUCUUGUAUGUAUAGAAUUGUAGUUCAAUGAUUUAAGUAAGUAAUAUUUACUCAUUGGUAGAUUAUACUUGUUGGGUAGAUUUGUUAUAUUUAUAGACAUCUGUCUCUGUGAAAGUUCUUAUGCACUAUGACACUUGUUGUUGAAACUUUACCUCACACAUUAAGAACCCUUCUUUUGUCUGUGUAUGGCAGUAGAGAACAGAAAAACACAUUCACAGAUACUCUUAACCCUUCACCUCUUAGAUCCCUAUCUUAACUCAUUUGUAGUCCCUCAGAAAGUUAAAUUUUAUUGAAGGCCUUUCUUACUAGAUCCAAGUUUUAAAGAAUUCACUUCAAACCCUUAGAUACUGAUGAGCAGCAAACCUAGAUACUGAUGAGUUACUCGCAGGCUGUUCUGGUUUUAUGCUGUUUGCACAUAGGCAUUUUCACUUUGCUUCUGAGAGGGAAACGGUUAAAACAAGCAAAGCUUAUCAAGUUGGCGCUAUUAAGUAAAUAUGUAAGUUGUAUUGCCCCAUAUUAGUAUAUUAAAGAAGCCAUAUCAGGCAAAAAUGGGUUUAAUGCUUUAUAUGGCCAUUGUAACCCCAGAUCAGCCUGCGAAAUUGCUGGCCAUAUAUGGUAUAAGACCAAUAUUCUCAUGACACGUGUCAAAUAUGCAUCUGCGGUGCAACUUAAGUUCUUCCUUAAUAUUACGCAAACAUGUAGUGAAAUAGGAUUUGAUUAAGUAAUGAAAGUAACUAGCAUUCACGGUAAAGUGUUCACAUGGAUUUUUUAAUCAGGACACAUGAACUGUCAAAAGGUAUAUUUCAAAAUUGAACACAGGUCAAUGUUAAUUCAUGGAUGUGAUUAAGUGAUGUUCUGUGUUUUAUUUUACGAAUUGAUUGAAUUGAAUCAAUCCACAUGUGCUUUAUUGUCCCCAACCAGUGAAACCGGAGGUUUGUGCUCUGUCUGUCUGUCAGUCUGUCUGUCACACUUUUCUGGAUCCUGCGAUAACUUUAAAAGUUCUUCAUAUUUUUUCAUGAAACUUGAAACAUUGAAAGAUGGCAUUAUGGAGAUUAUGCACGUCAUUUCAUUUUGUUCCUACGUCAAGAAUUUUGGUUGCUAUGGCAACAAAUAAAAGAAAAUACUGACAUUGGUGGAGUUUCACCGGUAGGGGACCAUAUUGCUUGGCAAUCUCUUGUUUAGGUUGUUAUAGAUACUAGCAUGUUCAAUGAAGCUGGAAGAAAGCUGCUAGGGUAGAUCUGUAUGACAUCAGACUGUGAUACAACCACACAAUUGUGUAAUAAUGUGUUUGUUUUGUUUCGUUCAAGUCUUGCUUAAUGCAUCUGUUAUCUUUAAAAAAAAAUGAAGCAAUGUUUGUUUAAUUAUUUUGCUGGCAUAUAUGAUUUUUUUUUUUUUUUUCAUUUGAUAUAAUUUGUUGAAUGUUAUAAAUCCUUUUUUAACAUUUCAUUGGAUAUAAUUUGUUAAAUGUAAUUAAUCCUUAUAAUUUUGUUUCAUUUCCAGGCCAUAUGUUUUUGACCUGUUAUCGUUAUUUUUUACUAUAACUCCUAUAUUUGGAUUUACUUUUAGUGCUAAACUAACCCACAAGCUAAAGUAUUGAAUGUAUUCUCUCAUAUUUAACCAUUAUGGCACGUUAUAUUGUACUAUUCCUUGUUACCACACCUUUUGUACAUUAGUGUUUUUUUUACAUAUUUGGACUCCUGUUGUUAGCAUAAACCUUUGUUUGUGAGAAUAGAAAAGUGCUGUUUUGUCACUGACAAAUAUUGUUAUGUACAGUUAUUUUGUAAUCAUUUUAACAUAUUAUUAUACUAUAGAAUAAAUAUGUAAUUCCAGCCUAGGAGGCUAGGCGAUGUUAAUAAGCAUGUAUAUUUGCCCAAUUAAAAUACUGCAAAACCUUA